GAUCUAUUUCAAAACUGAUCGAUCAGACUGGUGCAAAUUUGAGGUCGCCUGCGAAACUUUCUCCUGCUCCUUCCCUAUUUCAUCUAACACCAACCAGGAAACUUCCAAUAUCCAUAAAGUUAUUCGUUCUUCAGCAAACCGAUCCAUCCCUCUAUCCAAAGCUAAACCUUUCAGGCCUUCUCCUUUAUGGUGGAGCACAGAGCUUUCAGCAUUAAGAGAUAAGAAGCAGAACGCCUGGCAUGACUUUAAGCGCAAUCGGACCCAAUCAAAUCUUAUCCUGUACAAAAAAUGCAAUGCACUUUUUCGACGAAGUGCUAAAAAUGCUAAAAUCCGCAGCUUCCAAAAGUUUACCAGCAGUAUUUCUGCUUCAUCCGACACCAAAAAGAUAUGGGCUGACAUUAAAAGGCUUACUGGAUCUCCUACCCACUCCCCUAUCACUUCCCUUAAUUCAUCUCAAGGCAACAUACUAUAUCCCCAUGAUAUAGCCUUAGAGUUAGCCACCCACUUCUCCAACGCCUCCUCUGAUUCUAGCUUUCCCCCCGAAUUUUCUGCUUGCAAACUUUCCCAACUGCAUUCUAGGCAUCCCAUUUCUUUAAGCUUAUCUUCUUCCUCCAAGCAGGUGGAUGCCGAUUUAUCCCUACAGGAACUUCAGUUCGCUCUCUUAACAGUUAAAAGUAGUACACCUGGUUUUGAUAAAAUAUCCUAUCCUAUUAUAAAACAUCUUCCUUUAUCGCUUCUAUCCCGCCUCCUUAAACAUUACAACAACAUCUUUUCGACUGGUAAUUAUCCCAUCCUUUGGAAGACUAGUUCCAUCAUUCCUAUCCUAAAACCUGGCAAACCUCAAAGUGAGGCUAGCAGCUACCAUCCUAUUUCCCUUCUUCCCUGCUUAGGCAAAUUAUUGGAAAAAAUCAUUGCUAGUAGACUAUCAUGUUAUGUGCAUGUAAAUAAUCUCAUUCACCAUAACCAAGUCGCAUUCAAGAGGGGGCAGGGUACGGUUGAUGCCCUCUUACACUUCGAUCACUUCGUUUCCGUAGCCUUAUCAAAAAAAAAUCAUAUUUCACUCCUCUCUUUGGAUUUUGCCAAGGCUUUCGAUCGGAUAGGUAUACAGGUUGUUUUGAGGCAGCUGGACAAGUGGAAGGUCGGGCCUAAAAUUUUCAACUUUAUCAAAUCUUUCCUGUCCUCUCGUAAAAUUAGUGUUCUUAUUUCUAACGUCCGAUCCCCUAUGUUUCCUCUUGAUAAUGGCACCCCGCAGGGAUCACCUCUAUCCGUUAUUCUCUUCACUAUAGCAUUCGAUGAACUUAGUUCCAUUUUUUCACAGUUUCCCAACGUUUCCCAUCAAAUGUAUGCGGAUGAUAUAGUCAUAGGUUUCUAG